UUUUUCUCCAAUUCAGUCCCUCCUUGUUUUCUUUUUCUCCCCUCUUCGUCCCAAUCCCUCGGGUCGCUUCCUAAAUCCUUCAACGUAGCGCAAGAGCAUGUCGUCAUGGGCAUCGAAGAGCAGUUCGUCCUCCUCUCCAUCGGCCUAAUCACCAUCGGCGUCCGAGUCGGUGUGCGAUGGCGCCAAGUUGGACCGGCCGCAUGGCAGCUCGACGAUUACCUGAUGCCCUUUACUGGGAAGGAACGCAGCCUGCAGAGACAGACACUGACGAUCCUCGUUCUUGUUGUACAGCUCGUCUUCACGGCAGAGACAGUAGCGGCGUAUCUAGUCGGCGCCAAAUUCCAAGGGCUCACUAAUAGCUACAUGACGGACGCCGAAAGAGCCAACAUCGAUCCAGACUCUCGGGAACACUACAAUCGCGUCUGGGGCUCCAAGAUCCAGGUCAUCGGCUGGUCCUUUUACGCCUGCAUCCUCUGGAGCCUCAAGUUCUGCGUUACUGCCUUUUACGGCCGACUCACAUCUGGUCUGGCGCACCUCAAGACCCGUGUGAAGCUCGCAUACGUUAUUCUCGCAGUCACCUACGCCGCCGUCGCCCUCACGAUCCUCCUCUCAUGUCAACCAUUCCACCACUUCUGGCAGGUCACUCCAGACCCGGGGACUCUGUGCAGACCGACAAACUCGCCCGCCUAUGUCUUGGUCGUGGUUAUCCCCAACAUCUUGACUGACAUCUAUCUGCUCUCGAUCCCACUACCUCUUCUCUGGGGUGUAAAUAUCAGCUUGCGACGCAGGCUCACGCUUAUGCUUUUAUUCAGCGGCGCUCUCUUCAUCAUGAUGGCUGGCACAAUCCGAGCAGUGACCAUUCUCUCAUCGGGACCUGAAGGAGCUGUGUCGGGCAGCGCUUGGGCAUGUCGAGAAACCUUUGUGGCCAUCAUCGUAACGAACCUGCCGAUCAUCCAACCCCUGAUCCGAAAGGGUGCCAGCAUGAUCGGUCUGAGCGUCCUUUUCAGUCGACAGACAAAGUCCAACGGCGAGAGUCACCAGCUUCGAAGCAGCGAGAUGGGUGGAAGUCGAUUCGGCACCCGAAGGACGCAGACGCGAACGCAUCCACUAUCUGUUCCUCAACCUACGGCUUGGGGCAGCGACGAGCACAUCUUGCCCGAAGACAGCGAUGGCAGGUCUACCAACAAGGAUGGAAACGGUGGUAUCAUUAUUGCGCAAGAGAUCAGCAUCCAGUCGGAGGCCGCGUCCGCAGUGGAGGCAAGGGAUGGUCCGAGAGGCCCGGCGAACGACUGGGGUUUCAAAGCCUCGGCUAGAACGCCCCAGCAGUAUUAA